GCGAGGCGACUUCGGCUGCUCGGUCGCUUUCACCUCCAUCCUGAAGUGUCCUGCCCUGGCUGAGGCCGGAGCCUUCUCCCCAGGUCCGGGGCUGAGGCUUUCUCCCCCGGGGUGAGAAUGGAGGCUGAUCCCUUUCUCCAAAGCCGAGGCUCGGCCGGUGCUCCUGCGACCAGGCUGAAGCCUCUCCUCCUCCCCGCCGCGUCUGGGCUGGAGCAGAGGCUGAGCAUUCUGGUCAUACACCCACACGGGCACUCGGCUCUGAUCCUGAGGUCACAGCUGGGCUCCCUGCCUUCCACCUCCCUUUGGGCCCACCUGCUCCCUCACUCACCCCGGGCCAUCUCAGGGCGCCAGGGCCUGGAAGGCUGCAGCCUCUUCCCUCUCUCCUGGGAGCGCUUCCUCUCCUUCCCCUGCACUGCUUGCAGCCACUGCCCCCUCAGCAGCUGUGCCCCCAGCAUCUGUCUCCUGGGGCCUCCCUCCUCUCCCUGCCCAGCAGAGCAGUUGGAGCAGACAGCCAGGCUGCCCGGUAGACUUUUUGGUGGGGCUUCUGCACUGAGGUGGAAGCCCAGCAAAACCUGCCCUGUCUUCCCUCCAUACCCCUAGCCCACAAGGCAGCCCACCCCGACCCUCAGAUCUCUCCCUGGUUUGGAGAAUCCUGCUGAGAGUGAGCAGUAGCAGUAUUCUCCAAAGCUUCCAGCUUGGCACCUGGAGGAAGGUCACUUUCUUUUGAGCAAAGGAGAUAAUGGGAGGUACCCUGCCAGUGUUCACUGAGAGGCGGGGGUGGCAUGGGCUACAGUUGCUCUGGGAGGGUUGUGGCACCCGGGGCUGGGUGGCUCUCCCUAAGCUUGCUCUGACAAAAGAGUUUUUGAGUUGGUCUUUUGGCUGAGCCUGCCGAGGAAGGCAGGCUCCUGCAGGAGUCUUGGAGGGUCGGAUGCAGCGCCGGAUGAGGAUGAGGCGUGGCGGAAGAUGCGUUUGGCUCUGCAGACACUGCAUCGGGCAGCAGGGGACUCUGGGAGGCUGGUGCAGCCAGAACGCAUGGCUCUUGACAGCCUUCUAGUAGAAUCUCUGGAAUUGUGCAUGACAGAAGAGGAAAGAAACUAACGGGUAUUGAGCACCUACUGUGUGCCAGGCCCAGGCCAGGUCCCUCUCGCCUCCAGCCACUCUAUGCAGACUUGCUGCCUGCUAUGUCACCAGGAACGCAAAGGCUGGGAAGAAGGCUCUUCUCAAAAUGGACUGGUGUUGCAGGGUGAGAAGCUGCCCCCUGACUUCAUGCCAAAGCUCGUCAAGAAUCUCCUAGGCGAGAUGCCUUUAUGGGUCUGCCAGAGUUGCCGAAAGAGCAUGGAGGAAGAUGAAAGGCAGACAGGUCGAGAACAUGCAGUGGCGAUCUCCUUGUCACAUACAUCCUGCAAAUCGCAGUCUUGUGGGGGUGACUCUCAUUCAUCCUCGUCUUCCUCUUCAUCGUCCUCGUCCUCGUCCUCCUCCUCCUGCCAUGGGAACUCAGGGGACUGGGAUCCCAGCUCCUUCCUGUCAGCACAUAAGCUCUCGGGCCUCUGGAACUCCCCACACUCCAGUGGGGCCAUGCCAGGCAGCUCACUUGGGAGUCCUCCUACCAUCCCCGGUGAGGCUUUCCCCAUCUUGGAGCACCACCAGCACUCAGACCUCACUGCUCCCCCUAACAGCCCCACCGGCCACCACCCACAGCCAGCAUCUCUGAUCCCAUCUCACCCUGGCUCCUUUGGCUCCCUACCCCACCCACACCUGCUGCCUGCCACCCCGGCAGCACCUUUCCCUGCCCAGGCUUCAGAGUGCCCCGUUGCUGCCGCUGCCCCCCACACCCCAGGGCCGUGUCAGAGCCCCCACCUGCCCUCCACCAGCAUGCCGCUCCUGAAGAUGCCUCCGCCAUUCUCAGGGUGCAGCCACCCCUGCAGCGGGCACUGCGGUGGGCACUGCAGCGGGCCUCUCCUCCCGCCACCGAGCUCUCAGCCACUCCCUAGCACUCACAGCAGAGACCCUGGGUGCAAGGGGCACAAGUUUGCACACAGUGGCCUGGCCUGCCAGCUGCCCCAGCCCUGCGAGGCAGAUGAGGGGCUGGGUGAGGAAGAGGAUAGCAGCUCCGAGCGAAGCUCCUGCACCUCGUCCUCCACCCACCAGAGAGACGGGAAGUUCUGCGACUGCUGCUACUGUGAGUUCUUCGGCCACAAUGCGCCACCCGCUGCCCCGACGAGUCGGAAUUAUACCGAGAUCCGGGAGAAGCUCCGCUCAAGGCUGACCAGGCGGAAAGAGGAGCUGCCCAUGAAGGGGGGCGCCCUGGGCGGGAUCCCUGGGGAGCCCGCCGUGGACCACCGAGAUGUGGAUGAGCUGCUGGAAUUCAUCAACAGCACGGAGCCCAAAGUCCCCAACAGCGCCAGGGCCGCCAAGCGGGCCCGGCACAAGCUGAAAAAGAAGGAAAAGGAGAAGGCCCAGUUGGCAACAGACACUCUAAAGCAGGUGAAUAGUGUUUCUGGAAGCCGGGAGCCAAGGCCUGCCAGCGAGAGGCUCUUGGAGUGGCCUGACCAGGAACUGGAUCGGGUCAACAGCUUCCUGAGCAGUCGUCUGCAGGAGAUCAAGAACACUGUCAAGGACUCCAUCCGUGCCAGCUUCAGUGUGUGUGAGCUCAGCAUGGACAGCAAUGGCUUCUCUAAGGAGGGGGCUUCUGAGCCCGAGCCCCAGAGUCUACCCCCCUCAAACCUCAGUGGCUCCUCAGAGCAGCGGCCUGACAUCAACCUUGACCUGUCCCCUUUGACUUUGGGCUCCCCCCAGAACCACACGUUACAAGCUCCAGGCGAGCCAGUCCCACCAUGGGCAGAAAUGAAAGGCCCCCACCCACCAUGGACAGAGGUGAGGGGCCCCCCUCCUGGUAUCAUCCCUGAGAAUGGGCUAGUGAGGAGACUCAACACAGUGCCCAACCUGUCCCGGGUGAUCUGGGUCAAGACACCCAAGCCAGGCAACCCUAGCUCUGAGGAGCCAAGUUCAAAGGAGGUCCCUAGUUGCAAGCAGGAGCUACCUGAGGCUGUGGCCUCAGGUGGGAAGCCACGGAAGGGCAAAAGACAGGGCAGUCAGACCAAGAAGAGCGAGGUGAGCCCGAUCCCCGGGGUCCCGGCCAGCCUGGAGGCUCUCAGUGCUAAGGGCCACAGCCCUGGCCCCAAGCAGCCAGGCAAGGUCCCAGAGCCUCCCAAAGUGGGCACCUGUGGCGAGGCUGGAGUGGGGAGCCGGGGGAGCCGGCCAGGACCAGGUUGGUCUGGAAGCCCCAAAACUGAGAAGGAGAAGGGCAGCUCCUGGCGAAACUGGCCAGGCGAGGCCAAGGCACGGCCUCCGGAGCAGGAGUCUGUGCAGCCCCCAGGCCCAACAAGGCCACAAAGCUUGCCCCAGGGCAAGGGCCGCAGCCGCCGCAGCCGCAACAAGCAGGAGAAGCCGGCCUCCUCCUUGGACGAUGUGUUCCUGCCCAAGGACAUGGAUGGGGUGGAGAUGGAUGAGACUGACCGAGAGGUGGAGUACUUCAAGAGGUUCUGUUUGGAUUCUGCAAAGCAAACUCGUCAGAAAGUUGCUGUGAACUGGACCAACUUUAGCCUCAAGAAAACCACUCCCAGCACAGCUCAGUGAGGCCCUGCCCAGAAUGAGCUUUGUCAGGGCGUCCUGAGACCUCGACUGCCAGUUGAAAGUCUACACUUUGUCCCUCCAUGUGCCCUGCCUGCCCGACCAAGACCCUCCCUGCUCCCCGCCAUCCUUGACCAACCAAAAGCUGAACGGAUGCCAGACUGUGCUGGGGCCCCUCAGGACCUCGGCAGAGCCGCUUCCUGGUGCUACGAAGCCUCCACACUCAGAGCCCAGGCACUGGGCUGGCCUGUGGGCCGGGGGCUGAUGGUACUGCUGGCCCAAACUGCUCUCUUUGUGUUCGGUUUUUUGUUUUUAUUUUAUUUUUUUUCCAAUUCUUUUGAUACUGUGAAGAUCUUUCAUGCUGAAAGAUAAAGCAACAUUUGGACACAGA